AUGGCGGUGGCUAAGAAGGCAGGGAGGUAUUGUGGAGGACUGCAGUUGAAUAGUCUGGCUUCUUCCAUUCUGUGUUGGAAAUGGCGGCGGAGGCCGGCGGUGGUGGUGCCGUGGACGGCUAUUUGUGGGCUGAUGCUGUUCGCCGUGGGGCUGAUUUCGCUGUUCACAGGGCACGUGGCGUCUGAUCUCGAGUGGUACUCUCAGCGCCUUGUCAAGCGCACUUGGUACUAUAAACUAGAUAAGGGUAAUCGUGCUCCAAUUGAUAUAUGGAGAUCGAAGUUUUCAAACUUCUAUUUUGCGUGCAGCGAAAGAGGCCCUCAUUUUGCUCCUGCUGUAAGGGAGCACUUGUCAAAUGGCUAUUUACUUAUUGCAACUAGUGGGGGACUCAACCAACAAAGAACAGGAAUAACUGAUGCUGUAGUUGUUGCAAGGAUAUUGAAUACUACUUUGGUUGUACCAGAACUGGAUCACCAUUCUUACUGGAAGGAUGAAAGUGACUUCUCUGACAUUUUUGAUGUUGAUUGGUUCAUCUCUUACAUUGCGAAGGAUGUCCCCAUUGUUAAAAGGGUUCCAGAAAAUUUCAUGAGGUCAAUGGAAAAACCACCAUAUACCAUGCGGGUUCCACGAAAAUCAGAACCUGAAUAUUAUCUGGAGCAAGUGUUGCCCAUUCUUUUGAGGAGACGUGUUGUUCAGUUAACAAAGUUCGAUUACAGGCUUUCCAGUGACCUUGAUGAAGACCUCCAAAAGUUGCGUUGCCGGGUAAAUUAUCAUGCUUUAAGGUUUACUAAACCCUUAAGGAAUCUGGGUCAGAGGCUUGUGAUGCGAAUGCGGAAGAUGGCAAAACGUUUUAUUGCAAUUCACUUGAGGUUUGAACCUGAUAUGCUUGCAUUUUCCGGCUGUUACUAUGGUGGGGGAGAUAAAGAGAGAUACGAGUUGGGUGAGAUACGGAAGCGUUGGGAAACAUUACCGGAAUUAAGCGCUGAUGAAGAGCGAUCACGAGGGAAGUGCCCGCUGACCCCACAUGAGGUGGGUUUGUUGCUUCGGGCACUUGGUUUUGAAAAUAACACAUAUAUAUAUGUUGCAUCUGGAGAAAUAUAUGGUGGAGAAGAAACUCUGGCGCCUCUCAGAGAGCUCUUUCCAAACUUCUACACUAAGGAGAUGCUUGCUGGUGAAGAGUUGAAACCUUUUCUUCCAUUUUCUUCUCGAAUGGCUGCCAUUGAUUACAUUGUCUGUGAUGAAAGCAAUGUCUUUGUCACUAAUAAUAAUGGGAACAUGGCCAAAAUCUUAGCUGGUCGAAGGAGGUAUGCAGGUCACAAGAGAACCAUCAGACCAAAUGCCAAAAGGCUUAGUGCUUUGUUCACAGCACGAGAUAAGAUGGAUUGGAGCACCUUUGCUAGAAAGGUGAAAUCAUGCCAAAGAGGAUUCAUGGGAGAACCUGAAGAGAUGAGACCAGGAAGGGGAGAGUUUCAUGAAUAUCCAUCUGCCUGCAUCUGCCAGAAACGAUCCAAAUUUUCUGUUAUAAACAACAAUAAAGGAUAUAGGAACUUGGAUAGAUUUCUGAAUGUUUCUGAGCCAGAAUACCUGAGUGAUGAAGAACAAAGUGAAAACAGACUGCCAAAACAUAAAAAUGAAAGCUCUGGGAAUAGAACGGUUUCCAUUACAAUGGCAGAAACUGACCGCGAUGAUUUUUUGUCUGACUAA